AUGAAUACAAAUUCGUUGUGCCGGUGUUGUUUGGCACGCCCCCCCGACAAAGAGCUAAAAGCAUCAUACACUUGCUUUGGAAAACACGAAAUAUAUGCCGAUAUGUUAAAAGAUUGCUUCGAAAUUCAUUUACCAAUAGACAUCUCAGGUGUUGAUGGUGGUAUAUGCGAGAUAUGUAUAACUCGUCUCCGAGACUCAUUUGACUUCAAGCAUCAAGUGUUGAGAUGUCAGAAGGAGUUUCAGUUAGCCAUGAAAGAUGUCAAGAAGGAAGAAAUGACAAACGUGAAGGAGGAGUUGAUAGAUGAUAGUGACGGUUACUUUUUUGAUAUGAAUACAGCCCUACCAGAGAUAGACUCAGAAGUGAAAUUAGCUGAAAUAUUUGGGUUGAAGGAUAUCAAAAGGAAGAGAAGCCGUAAGAGACUUGCAGAGUAUGAUGAUUGUGACGACCUACCAUUGAACACAUUUAGCACGAAAACCGACAUAUCAGACAACGCGAAACAUUCAUACAACGUAAACAAAAUACUAAAAUACUCAAAUUGUACGCCUUUUUUUAAUAAAACACUAAGUGGAAUCGUGUGCGCAUCGUGCAAGACAACUUGUACAAACAUAAACGAAUUACGCACACACGUGCAAGACAACCAUGCGGACACACAACACACAGACAAACGGCUCGACAAAAGUAAUAUAUCAAUAAAAAUGGAUAUCUCGGAUUUGCAUUGUAAAUUGUGUAUGAAGAGCGUGCAAAAUAUACCAACUUUAAAAAAGCAUUUGACCUCCGAACACAAUGAGAAGUUCUUCCCCGAUAUUUAUGAUUAUAUCUUCGAGUUCAAAAUAACAGACGGUGAUAUACUUAACUGCGCGUUGUGUAAUUCGACAUUCGAGACGUUCAAAAUGCUCUUACAACACAUGAACGGCCAUUACCGGAAUUACAUUUGUGACGAGUGCGAUAUGGGAUUCAUAAAUAAACACCGAUUGAAAAAUCACAAGCGUACACACGAGAUAGGCGAUUUCAAGUGCACGUAUUGCGAUAAAGUGUUCACGACACUCGUGCGCAGGAAAUGCCACGAGAAAUACACGCAUAACACGAACGCGCGCUACACGACGAACUGCCCGCACUGUGACAAAACCUUCAACAGUUAUUAUCAAAGGAAUCGGCAUAUGUAUGAUGAACAUAACAUUUCCGCAGCGACUUAUAAGUGUAAUGUUUGCGAUAAAUCCUUUAUUUUGAAGUCCAAAUUGACCUCGCACAUCAAGAAGGUGCAUCUGAUGGAGAGGAACCACAAGUGUCCUCUCUGCGAUCAGGGCUUCUUCAUCAAGCAGUCGCUGGAUGAACACAUGGUACGGCAUAAUGGGGAGAGGGUGUUCAGUUGUACGGUGUGCCACAAGGCGUACGCGAGAAAGAAGACGUUGCGAGAGCAUAUGCGGAUACAUAAUAAUGAUAGGCGGUUCAAAUGUGGCCUGUGUGGGCUGGCCUUUGUCCAGAAGUGUAGUAUGAAAAGCCAUAUGCUGUCGAAUCACGGUAUUUCGCUGAUGGAGUUUGAAAAUGCUGCUAAAGCUAUUAGUGUUAAAGCUAAUUAA